CCCUGCUGGAGGUUUGCCCCGCCUUUGCAGGGCAGGAUCAAUUCCUCCUGGGCUGAAGGAGGGAGGGCCAGUUCACCUUACGGUUCCCACCCUCCUGAGGAGCCGGAAGCGGAGGCAGCCGGCUCCUGAGCUACAGGCCCGCGGGAGUCCCGGGCACAGGGAAGGGCCAGAGUAGCCGCGCCGACCCCAUGGCCGCUGGGCCCGUGGAGCAGCGGCUGGGCAGCCUCAUCAUCUUCACCCGGGGCGACUUCGAGGACGACUGGCUACAAGUAGCUAGCGGUGGCUUCAGCCUGGUGUUCCAGGCGCGGCACAAGCGCUGGAGGACCCAGUACGCCAUCAAGUGCUCCAUCUCUCCACAGCAGGACGCCACCAGCUCCGAUGUGAAUUGCCUCAUUGAAGAAGCAACUAAAAUGGAAAAGAUCAAGUUUCAGCACAUUGUGCCCAUCUAUGGGGUGUGCAAGCAGCCCCUGGGCAUUGUGAUGGAGUUCAUGGCCAAUGGCUCCCUGGAGAAGAUGUUACCCACCCACAGCCUCAGCUGGCAACUCAAGUUCCGCAUCAUCCAUGAGACCAGCUUGGCCAUGAACUUCCUCCACAGCAUUAAGCCCCCUCUGCUCCACCUGGACCUCAAGCCAGGCAACAUCCUGCUGGACAACAAUAUUCAUGUCAAGAUUUCAGACUUUGGCCUGUCCAAGUGGAUGGAAGAGUCAACUCGGAUGCAGUACAUUGAGAGGUCAGCGCUGCGGGGUACUCUCAGCUACAUCCCUCCUGAGAUGUUCCUGCAGAGUAACAAGGCCCCAGGGCCCAAGUACGACGUGUACAGCUUCGGGAUUGUGAUCUGGGAGCUUCUCACUCAGAAGAAACCAUACACAGGACUCAACAUGAUGACCAUCAUCAUCCGAGUAGCAGCGGGCAUGCGGCCCUCCCUGCACCCUGUCUCUGAUGAGUGGCCAGGCGAGGCCCAGCAGAUGGUGGACCUGAUGAGGCGUUGCUGGGAUCAGGACCCCAAGAAGAGACCAUGCUUUCUAGACAUCACAGUUGAGACAGACAUGCUGCUGUCCUUGCUCCAGUGCCCUGUGGCAGACCCUGAAAUUGAGGCCCUGGCCAGGAAGGUGUCCUGUAAACCAUCUCUACGCCACCGGGCCCAGCAGGUCAGUGAGGAAGCCGGUCAGGAGCUAACGGACAGUGAUUCGGGAGAUUAUUUGAAGCAGGUUUUGCAACCCUCUGACAGCGAGAGCUUUGUCCCCAGUGAUGAAGAACUGCGUGUCUACGAGAACAAGGUCAUGCCCCUCCACUUCCUGGUGGCCCAGGGCAGUGUGGAGCAAGUGAGGCUUCUACUGGCCCAUGAGGUUGAUGUGGACUGCCAGACAGCCUCUGGCUACACGCCUCUCCUCAUUGCUGCCCAGGACCAACAGCCUGACCUCUGUGCUCUACUCCUGACACAUGGUGCUGAUGCCAACCUGGUGGAUGAGGAUGACUGGGCCCCGCUGCACUUUGCGGCCCAGAAUGGGGAUGACCGCACUGCCCGCCUGCUCCUGGACCAUGGGGCCCUCGUGGAUGCUCAGGAGCAUGAGGGCUGGACCCCACUUCACCUGGCCACACAGAACAACUUUGAGAAUGUGGCACGGCUUCUGGUCUCCCGUCACGCUGACCCCAACCUGCGUGAAGCUGAGGGGAAGACUCCUCUCCACGUGGCUGCCUAUUUCGGCCAUGUCAGCUUGGUCAAGCUGCUGACCAGCCAGGGAGCUGAGCUGGAUGCUCAGCAAAGAAACCUGAGGACACCACUGCACCUGGCAGUGGAGCGGGGCAAAGUUCGGGCCAUCCAGUACCUGCUGAAGAGUGGGGCAGCCCCUGAUGCCCUUGACCAGAGUGGCUAUAGCCCACUGCACAUUGCCGCUGCCUGCAGCAAGUACCUCAUCUGCAAGAUGCUGCUCAGAUAUGGAGCCAGCCUGGAGCUGCCAACUCAGCAGGGCUGGACGCCUCUGCAUCUAGCAACCUACAAGGGCCACCUAGAGAUCAUCCACCUGCUGGCUGAAAGCCAUGCAGAUAUGGGUGCUCUUGGAAGUAUGAACUGGACCCCCCUACAUCUGGCUGCUCACCACGGGGAAGAGACAGUGUUGUUGGCACUGCUGCAGUGUGGGGCUCACCCCAAUGCUGCUGAGCAGUCGGGCUGGACACCCCUCCACCUGGCAGUCCAGAGGGGUGCCUUCUUGAGUGUUAUCAACCUCCUGGAGCAUGGAGCAGAUGUGCAUGCCUGUAACAAGGUGGGCUGGACACCUGCCCAUCUGGCUGCCCUCAAGGGGAACACAGCCAUCCUCAAAGUUCUGAUCAGGGCUGGUGCCCAGCUGGACAUCCAGGAUGAAGUGGGCUGCACACCGCUGCAACUGGCCCUCAGGAGCCAAAAGCAGAGCAUCGUGGCCUUCCUGGAGGGCAAGGAGCCCUCACUGGCCAUUCUGGGCAGUGUUGAGCCAGGAGCCCAGAUGCAAGUUUAGACUCUACCUUGCUUGGAAAAGGUUGGGGUGGUGGAAAUGAAACUUGGCUUUUGGGAGGACCCCUUCCCUCCUGCUCUUUUGACCUUGAGAGGAAAUAGGAACCUGGUGUCCUGGGUUAUAGAGGCAAGGGGAGAUGUACCACUGAGGUCAUAGCUUGGAAAUAGCCCCUUGGCUUGGACAACUGCUUCCAGCUCCUCCUUCAAGUCAUCUCCAAAGACCCCUGGCCUCGUUUUCAUUCUUUACAUGGAUUCAAACGUCCAGUUCAGCGCUCUCCAGCUCCGAGAUUCCUGUCACAUUGUGUCCCCUGCCUCUGAGUUCAUGGGGUCCUUGCAUCCAAGAAAGCCCCUCUGAAGACAAAGUCAGGUCUACAGAUAAGGGAAGUGGGUUCUUGCCAGCUUAUAUCUUGUGUUGCUGGCCCUCCUCUCAGACUGGGGCAGGGCAGCCAAACUCACCCACUUUGCCCAGGGGCCAGGGGCUCAGAAUUCAGAGUAGCUGCCUGCUGGCUACUUAAGGCCUCAGGCAGCCCAUCACCACAGUGACUGCAUCUUCCCAGUGGGCCUCCCUUGUUUCCUGCAUGGUCUCUUGGCUGUGAAGAAUGGUUGUCCCUACUAUAGAUGAGUGAUCCGAUGUGGGGCACCAGUUUCCUGGUCCCUGGCCCCACACCCUUACACUUCUUUGUGCCCAGAAGUAUGGGCCAUUUCAAAUCUUGGAGUCAAUAAAGCUGUACAUCUGAAUCUCUGCAAUAGAGAUGGAUUGACUGUGGGACUGGGUACAUGUAGGGACCAGUAGUAUGGAGGGUGGGGGAGAGAACUAGCAUAUUGCAUGUGUGUGUAUAAUAUAGUAUGUGAGCUCACCUGGGAGAGAGGUGGAGGGUGCCCGAGGAGAGUUGGAGUGUGUGUGUAUAUAACACAUGUGUGAGUUUACACGAGGGGAAGAGGCAGGGGCAGAUGAGGGGUUGUGGUGGUGAGGAGUGGGUUGUCUGGUCUUGGUGUGGAGCUGGCCAGGCAGUGACUUUCCUGCUUAGCAGCCACUCACAAAGCUGGCUCUCCCUUGGCCACAGCCUAGCCACUUGCCAGCUGGUUGGGGGCAGUUGGGGCAGGGCACACUGACUUUGUGUAGUGAGGGCCCUGGCUCAGCAGCCCUUGGGAGGGCAUGGGAUAGGACAGGUGCCCUGGGGGUCCAGUGCUGCUCCUCGGUGCCUCCC